UUUCCUGAUAGGUAAUCCAGCCUCGUUUUUGCUGUAUUUUACGCAGCAGAUUGCACAUUUACCUGCCACAUGGAUCCAGAGAAAAAUGCAUAAUCUGGAUGUAAAUAAAUGUUACACAACUGAUGUACUCUAACAUUACAUGUCAGAGGGAAAUAUUAGCCUGAGGGUGAAUGAAUUUCAUAUGCUGUGAUCGCCCCGGGCAACUGAAGGACUCAAUUACAGAGACGGAACAAUUUUAGAGAGUGGAAUGUCUGAGGGUUUAAAAAAAACAACCCUCGUGGCAUCAUGCAACAUGCGCCCUUCACUCCUCUCAACCACAGGGAAACUAUUGGCGCGCGCGCGCACACACACACACACACACACACACACACUGGCCCCUCACAAACACACACGCACACACACACACGCACUGACCCACACACACACGCACACAAACACACUCACACUCAGGCGCGCACUGACGCACAGUUUAAAAGCAGCCGCCGCUGCUGAGUCGCAUCACACAACCUGUUGCUCAUUCUCCGCAUCUCUUCAGUUGCACCGGAGACGGAGCAGGUGCAGGUGUCUCCUCCAGCUGUGAGCCGCUCUCCUCCUCAGUUCACACAGAGAAGAAGAAGAAGAAGAAGACAAGAUGCCACCUGUGUGCGUCUGGCUCUGUGCGCUCCUGUGGGCCGGCGGCUCCGGCGGCGCAGCGGCAGGUGCGGGACAGAGGCUCGACGACUCCUCGCACGCGGGAGAGGGGAUUUUCUCUCGCGCGGAGAACCCACGCAAUGUCUCGGGACAGCUGAGCAACCGCACUUCGGGCUUCUUCCUCCUGGACUUCGACGAGGGGCUGCUGGAGGACUGGCGCUCGCUGGCCAGCAAGAAGAGCCGCGGCGGGGAGGCGCAGGAGGGCCGCGCGAAGGCGCUGCUGGUGGCCGCCUACUGCCUGAUCAUCGUCAUCUCCCUGUUCGGCAACACGCUGGUGUGCCACGUGCUGGUGAAGAACAAGCGCAGCCAGUCCGCCACCGGCUUGUUCAUCAUGAACCUCGCCGUGGCAGACGUCUUCAUCACCGUCCUGAAUACACCCUUCACCCUGGUCCGAUUCGUGAACAGCACCUGGGUGUUUGGGAAGACGAUGUGUCAUAUCAGCCGCUUUGUUCAGUACUGCUCCCUACAUGUCUCCACUCUUACACUGACCGCCAUUGCUCUGGACCGUCGACAGGUGAUUUUACAUCCUUUGAGACCUCGCAUGUCCGCAGCCCAAGGUCGUGUUUGGGUUGUUGUUAUCUGGAUAAUGGCCACCUGCUUCUCCCUCCCACAUGCAAUCUACCAAAAACUCCUCACUUUUACAUACAGCAAGGAGAAGGAGCGCAGCCUGUGUGUGCCGGACUUCCCUGAGCCAUCAGAUGUCUACUGGCAGUAUAUCGACCUCCUGACCUUCAUUUUACUUUACAUGCUGCCACUCCUCAUCAUCACCGCCUCCUACACCACAGUGGCUUGUCGGCUGUGGCGCCACAAUGCCAUUGGUGACGCCACAACAGCACAACACGCCACCCAGAGAAGAAAGCGUCGACGGACAUUAGCCAUGCUGCUUCUGGUGGUCGGGGUGUUCGCCGUCUGUUGGUUCCCCCUCAACUGCUAUGUGGUGCUGCUGUCCAGCCAGGCCAUUCACUCAUCCAAUGCCCUGUACUUCUGCUUUCACUGGCUGGCCAUGAGCUCCACCUGCUACAACCCUUUCAUCUACUGCUGCCUGAAUCCCACCUUCCGCCAGGAGCUCCGGCUCCUCUAUGACAUGUGCAGGAGGAGACAGAGGGCGGCGGCAGCGUUGGAGGCUGAACUUCACCCUGCAGCCGUCUGCACCCAUGGCCACAGGAUCGCCUGGCCCGGCAACCACGAGUCCUCAAGGUCAGGGCGUGAUUUACCACCGCUGGGCCACACCUCUUCACAGCGGAGUCACGCUGGUUCCAAUCAAUCCCACGACCUGAAAGCGACUCACGUGCUGUUCACGGCCAGGCAGGCCCUCACAGGGAGAACUGACAUCCUGUCAGUUGAGCACAUCGUGGCUGUGAGCUAACUGGAAAAACGAUAUGCACCACACUGUUUUAGUUUUCUUUCAACAGUACUUUUCACGCUUUUUCUUUUUUGGUGCAUUGGUUGUCAUGAAUAAGUGAGAAGAAAAAAAAUUAUUGUAUCAUCAUGUAAAAUAAUAAUUGUAGAUAUUCAAUUUUUCCAUUGUUCCAGCACUUUCUGAUCUGAUCCAUGCAGGCUUAAAAAUUCAUAAUGACAUUUUUGAUCUUUAAAACAGCAGUUGAUCUCAGUCUCAGCACAAGUUCAGUUUAAUACUGGCGGUCCUGGAGCUAUUGAUCAUUAAAAAAAUCGUCUACAUGCAGUUGCAGCAUUGACAAGAUGUACAAUUUUGUAAAAUUAUCUUAUCAUACAUUUUGUAAAAUAUACCAAACAGUGGGCAUGUGUAACGGUCACAUUGCAAAGGAUGUAAGUGAAGUGUACAUUACAAGAUUGACACAUAUCUGAAUGUGUCCAAAAAUAACCUGUUUCUGAUGUGUUGAUCUGACUGUUUUUUUCUUUCUUUCAAUAGCCCUCACAGGCAUUUAUGACUGUUGAAGUAACAACCAAGUCCAUCCAUAACCCUGAAUCUUUCUGAAAAUGUGAAAAAAAAAUAUUUUUCAGCCUAUGCUCUCAGAAAAUUUGCCUUAACAAUCUGAGGAAUCUCAGUGGGAACAUGCUGUCAAAGAAAUCAUCUUCACAUUUAUCUAAAGGCCACUGCAAGCCUAUCCUAAUGCUUUUACUUAUUUCUGUUCCUCUCUGAUUUCCUGUCACAACCAGAGGGUUUAUAGAGGAUGCACAGAUUGCACCGGGAGCCACGUCCACCAACAUUCAGUGUGGAGUCAAGACAGCCCCCAACACAGGCAAGGAGGAAGCAAUCAACAAGUUAUCGAGAAAGUCACAGGAAUAUUCACAAUCCAUUUAAUCCAAUUCAGAUUUAACCAAAUGUUAUCAGACCAAUCAAUUCAGCUCUUACUAAGUCUCCAAUGCCAUUCUAUAGGGCAGCUUAUCAAAAUACAAUAUAUGAUGUCAUGAUGACAAUGUUGUAUUCUGAAUCAUCCAUAUCACUUAAUAAUUUUUCACAGAAACUGAUUUGCUGCUAUAAAUCAGCGGCAGGUCAGACUUUACAUUGGAGUUGUUCACUCUAUUGUGUUCACACCCAGGAUCCUUUUUCAUGAUCAUUAUAUUUAUGUUAUUUUAAGUUUUAAAGUCAAAAGGCUUAUUGUUGCUUCUUCAUAUUUAAUUAGGUACAAAUGUAAUCAAUAGUAAAAUAAUAAUGAUCCUGAUGUAGGCUGCCCUUUUGCUACUGAAAACAUUCAGCUACUCUGGCUGAUAAAAUGUGUCAUCAACUACACAGCAUUUUUUCUGGGCCUAUCCUUUUUUUUCAUAUUGUGUAUAUAUGGUUGAUUUUUGAUUUUUUUUUUUUGAUUUUUGAUUUUUUAAAAAAGGUUUCUAUUUAUCCUCUUUAGG